ACGCUCUCAGAUGGGAAACGAUGACACUUUAAAGCGGACACCGUGUCUGCUCAGCCCCGCCAGAGCUGGGAAGCGUUUCCACGUCAGUAGGACACCCAGGCCUCGCUUACAGCUCCGCGGAGCCGCCGGGUGCUCGUACACGUCAGCAGCUCCAGACAGCGGCAGCCUUCAUGUGUUUACGGUCACCGCAGAGCUCAGCUCUCCUCAGGGGAAACAGACAUGGCUCUGAAACCAAGGAGGCCGUGGACCACCGUGAUUUUUGGCGUUUUUCUGGGAUUCACUGCGUCCUCGUGGCUCAUCGUGCCGCAGGUGCUGGAGAGCAAAAGGAAGAAGUCCCCUGCGUGUUACUACAGAGACUCCUCCAUCGGUAACGGUCCGGCCAACAUCCUCGGUAAAGGCGCGGCUAGCAAAGCCCGGGACAGCCCGCAGCUAAGUCCGGAAGAGGACUUCGUUCUGAGUCGAGGAAACAGUAGCGGGGACACCGGGAGAGCAGUCAGCACACCCAGGCGGUUCCUCUACGUCGGUGUGAUGACAGCCAAGAAGUAUCUGGGCUCCCGCGCCGUCGCCGCGUACCGGACCUGGACGAGUUCCGUACCCGGGAAGGUGGAGUUCUUCUCCAGCACCGGCUCCGGGACGAUCCACCUGCCCGACCCCGUCCCUGUGAUUUCUCUGGCCGGUGUGGACGACUCGUACCCGCCACAGAAGAAGUCAUUCAUGAUGCUCAAGUACAUCCACGACCAUUACCUGGAUAAAUACGAGUGGUUCAUGCGAGCGGAUGAUGAUGUUUAUAUAAGAGGUGAGAAGCUGGAGCUGUUCCUGCGCUCACUGAACAGCAGCAAGCCCCUUUACCUUGGCCAGACGGGCCUCGGUAUGGCUAAGGAGUUGGGCAAGUUGGCCCUAGAGCCCGGCGAGAACUUCUGCAUGGGAGGCCCUGGGAUGAUCUUCAGUCGAGAGGUGCUGCGCCGGAUGGUCCCUCACAUCAGUACCUGUCUCCGGGAGAUGUAUACCACCCAUGAGGAUGUGGAAGUGGGCCGCUGUGUGCGUCGCUUUGGUGGAACACAGUGUGUGUGGUCGUAUGAGAUGCAGCAGCUCUUCUAUGAAAACUAUGAACACAACAAGAAAGGUUUCAUCGAAGAACUUCACAGUAGCAAGAUCCACAAUGCCAUUACACUCCACCCCAACAAAAAGCCAGCCUACCAGUACCGUCUGCACAGCUUCACGCUGAGCCGUAAGAUCUCUGAGCUUCGUUAUCGCACCAUCCUGCUCCAUCGUGACGGUUUGAUUAUGAGUUACCUGAGUGAUACAGAAGUGCUGUGGGAGGAUCAACAACUUGGUCCGCCACCUUCCUACAUGCGCUAUCAGCCCAAUGAGAGAAAUGAUGUCAUUGAGUGGGAUUUCCUGACAGGACGCCACAUUUAUUCUGCUGUUGAGAACAAGAUUGUGCGACAAAGCCUUGGGAACUUGCUUUGGACUGCACUAGAAGACAUUAUUCUACAGGUCAUGGAAAUGAUUAAUAAGAAUUCAAAAACACGUGGCCGUAUAAUUGACUUUAAAGAGAUUCAAUAUGGCUACUACAGGGUGGAUCCAAUGCAUGGGGCUGAAUACAUCUUAGAUUUACUGCUUCUGUACAAGAAACAUAAGGGACGCAAAAUCACAGUGCCUGUGAGGCGCCACGCUUAUCUUCAGCAGCCCUUUAGCAAACCCUUCUUUUCUGAAACUGAAGAGUUGGAUGUGGUUGAACUUGUGGCUGCCAUCAACUCUGAAUCCCAAUCCCUGUCCUUCCUGUCCAACUCCCUGAAGUUCUUGUCCCCCUUCCAGUUCUAUGAGUCAACCAGGGAAAUGUGGAAGCAAAGCCAGAGGAAGGUCAACAUUGUCGUUCCAUUGUCUGGUCGCUACGACACAUUUGUCCAAUUUAUGGAGAACUUUGAGAAGGUCUGUUUAAUAACCAAACAAAAUGUUAAGCUCUCCGUUGUCCUUGUAGACAGUGAAAUCAAUCAGAACAGUGGAAAACAUUUGCAGUUAAUCAAUGACUACUAUAGGAAGUAUCCCACAGCUGACCUCUCUGUAAUCCCCGUCCCAGGCAACUUUUCCCGAGGCCUGGCUCUGGAGCUUGGCUCCUCAAAGCUUGAUAACGACACCUUGCUGUUCUUCUGUGAUGUUGAUCUUAUAUUUAGUGGCGAUGCCUUGCAGCGCUGCAGAGACAACACUGUCCAAGGGAGACAGGUCUAUUUCCCUGUUGUCUUUAGUCAGUACAACCCCAAGAUAGUGUAUGCUGAGAAGUCCCACAGAGAAAACCAAUUUGUGCUCAAUAAGAAAAGUGGUUUCUGGAGGGAUUAUGGUUUUGGAAUCACGUGUGUUUUCAAGAGUGAUUUGCUCAAAGCAGGAGGUUUCGACACCUCAAUCCUCGGUUGGGGAUUGGAAGAUGUGGACUUGUUCACAAAAGUAAUAAAUUCUGGUUUAAAGGUGUUGCGCAGUCAGGACCCAGGGAUUUUCCACAUUU